AUGCCGCUGGAGCUGACACAGGCCGCGCUGUACGUGGUGCUGGAGCUGGCGCUGGCCGCGCUGGCGGUGGCCGGCAAUGUGCUGGUGUGCGCGGCGGUGGGCGCCUCGAGCGCGCUGCAGACGCCCACCAACUACUUCCUGGUGUCCCUGGCGGCGGCCGACGUGGCCGUGGGCCUCUUCGCCAUCCCCUUCGCCGUCACUAUCAGCCUGGGCUUCUGCACCGACUUCCACAGCUGCCUCUUCCUCGCCUGCUUCGUGCUGGUGGUCACGCAGAGCUCCAUCUUCAGCCUCCUGGCCGUGGCCGUCGACAGGUACCUGGCCGUGCGCGUCCCGCUCAGGUAUAGGAGUCUGGUCACUGGGGCCCGAGCAAGAGGGGUCAUUGCUGUCCUCUGGGUCCUCGCCUUGGGCAUCGGCCUGACCCCGUUCCUGGGGUGGAACAGUAAAGACCGUGCCGCCAACUGCACGGAGCCCUGGGAUGGAACCACAAACGCAAGCUGCUGCCUUGUGAAGUGUCUUUUUGAGAACGUGGUCCCCAUGAGCUACAUGGUGUACUUCAAUUUCUUUGGGUGCGUCCUGCCCCCGCUGCUCAUAAUGCUGGUCAUCUACGUCAAGAUCUUCCUGGUGGCCUGCAGGCAGCUCCGGCGCAUGGAGCUCGUGGGCCACUCGAGGACUGUCCUCCAGCGGGAGGUCCACGCGGCCAAGUCCCUGGCCAUGAUUGUUGGGAUCUUUGCUCUGUGCUGGCUGCCGGUACACGCCAUCAACUGUGCCUCGCUCUUUCAGCCAGGCUGGGCCAAGGAGAAGCCCAAGUGGGCCAUGAACACGGCCAUCCUCCUGUCGCACGCCAACUCGGUCGUCAAUCCCAUUGUCUACGCCUACCGGAACCAAGACUUCCGCUACACUUUCCACAAAAUCAUCUCCAGGUAUGUUCUCUGCCGGACAGACGUCCGCAAGAGUGGGGAUGGGCAGGCAGGGGCGCAGCCUGCUCUCCAGGUGGGCCUGUGACCGAGGCUCCUCUCGCCUGUUCGAGGAGAAGGCACAAGUUCGGUAACAAAGGGACAGGGCAUGGCUGGCGGAUUCUCACUGGAAGGACAGCUACACCUGACAGGCCAGCAGGUGGCCUCUUCGGAGCACUUCCCCGGAGGUACCACGUACCUAGUUAAUAUGCACACGUGACUCGUAGGUCCCGAGGGUCGGCACAUGUGUUUACGGUUCUCUGGCUGCUCUGGCUGAUGAUGCCGACAACUUGAAUGGAUUGUAAAAGAAAGUUUUGUUUUCCUAAGACUCUACCUCUUUCGUGGUAGAAAAUGACUGAAACUAUUUUACUGUGAAACACUGUGAACUAUUACAAUACAAAUACUUUUCAACUUAGCAGGCAAUGGAAAAAGUUGGACAUACUAAAAAUAUAUACUUGUUCUGGGGAAGGUGACCAGGAAAAUUAGAAGUAUAAUUCUUCAAUCAAGACACUGCCAUAUUAGGGAGAUGAUAGUCUCAUAAGUUCUGAAGUAGAAUGUCAUCAGAUAACGGGUUUGAUAACAGUCUUUUCCAUGUACAGCAAACUACGCUAAAGGAAGAAACUGGAGAAGUGGGAUCCCUCCGCCACCAGAUUGUUUCCCCCUCCCAGAGCUAGAUAGUGAAUUUUACUUCUCUCCCAAGUUCAAGUUGGCCAC